AUGGCGGAUGAGGUCCCCACAGGCAGCGCUUCUUCCCGCCGGCCGCCCAACUUGGGCGAUGGUCCCGCUGGCGGCGGCGGCGUCACUACUCCCGCGCCCGCUACUGCUGCCCAUCCCACUUCCUCCCCCUCCAUCAUCACCACCACCACUACCACGGCCUCCACUACGUCUCGCCCUGUAUCUCAUACCACCACCACCACUGGGGCCCCCUCAUUCUCCUCUUCCGCCGGUCGUCAUCCCAUUCCCACUCACGAGGCAGGUUUUGUCCAGCCCUCCUCCUAUCUCCGCCCACGCGGCCUGUCUCGCCCAAUGCCGCCAUCCCAGCCCGAGAGGGCGAUCGACCGGGAAGAGCGCCAGGGUCUACGCGCCAUCCGCAACUUCCUCAAGGUCCGCACCAGUUAUGAUGUCCUCCCGCUGAGCUUUCGUCUUAUCAUCUUCGAUACUUCCUUCCGUCCGGUUGCCACCGUGGAUCCAUGCUCCUCCCCCGUGACGACGAAGAAGAUGUCCUUGCUGACGGCGACUUCGAAAUGGAUAGGCAUUGUCUCCGCUCCCCUAUGGGAUUCCAAGUCAUCGACCUUUGCCGGUCUUCUGACCACUUCCGAUUAUAUCAACGUCAUUCAGUAUUAUUUCCAAAAUCCGGCCGCCCUUGAUCAGAUUGAUCAAUUCCGACUGGACAGCCUCCGAGGUGUGGCUCCUCCUGAGACCAUCUCUAUCGAUCCGGAACGGCCGUUGUACGAGGCUUGUCGCCGCAUGCUCGAAUCCCGCGCUCGCAGAAUCCCACUCGUCACCAACGAUAGCCAGACGGAUCGCUCCCAUGUCCUCAGUGUUGUCACGCAAUACCGUAUCUUGAAAUUCGUGGCCGUGAACGUUAGCGACACACAGAAGCUACGGAAACCUCUAGGAGAGAUCCUUCUGGGUACCUAUCAAAACCUGGCCACCGCGUCGAUGGACACGCCUGUCAUCGAUGUCAUCCAUAUCCUUGUCGAGAGAAGCAUAUCCAGUGUUCCCAUUCUAAACUCCGAAGGCGUUGUUUAUAACGUGUUUGAAGCCGUCGACGUGAUUACCUUGAUCAAAGGAGGCGUGUACGAUGAUCUGAGUCUAACAGUUGGAGAGGCCUUGAAAAAGCGACCCGGGGAUUUCCCGGGUAUUUACACCUGUUCGUUGAACGAUGGUCUGGACACCAUCUUUGACACGAUUCGCAAGUCUCGUGUCCACCGCCUGGUCGUGGUGGACGAGAAUUUCAAGCUGAAGGGUGUCCUCACCUUGAGCGAUAUUCUGCAAUAUAUUCUCUUAGAAGGCGAAAACGACGAGGCAUCAUGA